AUGGAUUUGAAAUAUGGCCAGCGAGCACUUUUUCUCUGCGCUUGUUCAGAACUUCUCAUUAUAAACUUGCAAGAUGAGAAUAAAGAGAUAAUAAGGUCACUGGAUUUUCUGAGUGAGCAGUUUGAUGAGGAAAAGAAACGGUCAAAGGUGUUGGAAGAUAUAGUAGGCGAGAUAACAAAGGAAAAUCAAGUUCUGAAAGCUGAAGUUGACAAAUUGAAAUCAGUAUCUAACACUGUGCAAAUGAAAAAGAUUGAAAACAACUUGUCAAUUACGGGCCUCACUGCUAAAGAAGAAACUCAGGAACAAGCACUUAUAAAAACCCUAACCCUAUUUUCUUUCUUGGACACGCCCUUGACCUCAAACGAUAUAUCCAACUUCAGACAAGUGCCAACAAAUAGCGGUACAACAGUCAUCGUUACCGUAAAACCAGAACAUAAAAAGCUAAUACUUCAAUCUCGUGGCAGAAAAGGAAAACUGACACUAAAAAAUACUAAAUUUUCUGAUUCGAAUGAUAGAAUUUUUGUUGAUGAGGAGCUUACAAAAGAGACAUAUGCGCUCUUUAAAAAGGCCAAGGAAGAACUUCGAGGUGUCGGCUACAAAUAUGUGUGGCAUCGAGAUGGGAAAAUAUUAUCACGCAAGAAUGAUGAUUCCAAAGUUGUUGCUGUCCGCAAUGAAAGUCACCUUAAAGACUUACUGAAAUAA